AUGAAGGAGAAGUCGAAAAAUGCAGCAAGGACUCGGCGGGAGAAGGAGAACAGUGAAUUUUAUGAGCUGGCUAAACUGCUACCGCUUCCAUCAGCCAUCACAUCCCAGCUCGAUAAAGCUUCAAUCAUCCGCCUCACCACCAGCUACCUGAAAAUGAGACUGGUCUUUCCUGAAGGUUUAGGGGAAUCAUGGGGGCAUGUGAGCAGAGCCAGUGCUUUGGACAAUGUGGGCCGUGAACUCGGAUCUCAUCUACUACAGACUCUGGACGGAUUCAUUUUUGUGGUGGCCCCGGAUGGAAAGAUCAUGUACAUCUCUGAAACUGCGUCGGUGCAUUUAGGCCUGUCUCAGGUAGAACUGACGGGGAACAGUAUUUUUGAGUACAUUCACCCCGCUGAUCAUGAUGAGAUGACCGCAGUGCUGACCGCGCACCAGCCCUAUCAUUCUCACUUCGUUCAGGAGUAUGAAAUGGAGCGCUCUUUCUUUCUCAGGAUGAAAUGCGUCCUGGCCAAGAGAAAUGCUGGACUUACCUGUGGCGGCUAUAAGGUGAUCCAUUGCAGUGGCUACCUAAAAAUCCGCCAGUACAGCUUAGACAUGUCCCUUUUUGACGGCUGCUACCAGAACGUGGGUCUCGUAGCUGUGGGUCACUCAUUACCCCCCAGUGCAGUGACUGAGAUAAAGCUUUACAGCAACAUGUUCAUGUUUAGAGCCAGCCUGGACAUGAAGCUCAUUUUUCUUGAUUCAAGGGUGGCAGAGCUUACUGGCUAUGAGCCACAGGAUUUAAUAGAGAAGACUCUUUACCAUCACGUCCACAGCUGUGACACCUUCCACCUACGCUGUGCACACCACUUGUUGCUGGUGAAGGGUCAGGUCACCACCAAAUACUACAGGUUUUUGGCUAAGGAAGGCGGCUGGGUGUGGGUGCAGAGCUAUGCGACCAUUGUGCACAACAGCAGAUCCUCCAGACCUCACUGUAUCGUCAGUGUCAACUACGUCCUGACGGAAACCGAGUAUAAAGGUCUGCAGCUGUCCUUAGACCAAGCAGCAUCAAACAAACCGACGUUCACCUACAGCAGCCCCACCACUACUCUAAGUGACAAUAGGAAGGCCAGUAAAAGCAGGGUGACCCGCACCAAAGCCAAAACACGACUGUCUCCUUACUCCAAUUACCCAGGCUUCCACACAGAGCGCUCAGAAUCAGAUCAGGACAGCAGUCCGUGGGGUGGCAGUCCUCUGACUGACUCUGCCUCUCCUCAGCUGUUGGAGCAAAACGAAAGCAUGGAUGCCUCCUGCGUGUACCGCCAAUUCUCAGACCCCCGUCCCCUGUGCUACAGCCUACCUCUGUCCGAGGAGCACCAGACCCCCAGCGAGCACCAGGGCCACAGUCAUACACAGGCCUGCGAGCGGGGACGCUGUGAAGCUGGCAGGUACUUCCUGGGAACUCCUCAAACUGGGCGAGAGGCGUGGUGGGGAGCUGCCCGAUCGCUUCUGCCUUUAACCAAGUCCCCACCUGAGAAUGGGGAGGGGUAUGAGGGUGUGAUGCCUCACAUAACCUCCAUCCACAGCUUGCAUGUGAGAAGUCACUGGGAUGAGGACAGCAUGGUCAGCUCUCCGGAUGCUGGCUCAGCAAGUGACUCAGGUGACAGAUACCGAAUCGAGCAUUAUCGUUCCAGCCCUCAAGAGCCCAGCAAGAUUGAGACGUUGAUCCGGGCCACACAGCAAAUGAUAAAAGAAGAGGAAAACCGACUGCAGCUGAGGAAAAGUGCUACAGAUUCCUCCCUGUCAACAGCUAAUGGUCUGAUUAAGAGCCAUAGCUCCUGCUUUAGCACUGAAUUUGCUCAGUCAGGCCUGCAGGGCACUGUAUGUCGGGGCCCGGCACAAGUGAUCAGCCCGGCCCCCAGUCCAGUCCCCUUGUCCCGCCUCAGCAGCCCUGGCUCUGAUCGACUGGCCAAAGCCAAAGACUUCCUACAGACUGAGAUGUCAUCACCACAGCAGCAGCAGCAGCAUCUGGGCCUUUCUGGCUCCUGUGCCGUCUCACCCACCCCUGCCCUUUACCCCUCACACCCACGUCAGUACCUGGACAAACACACUGCCUAUUCACUUAGCGGCUACACACUGGAGCACCUCUAUGAGGCGGACAGCUUCAGAGGCUACGCACUGGGCUGCGCAGGCUCUUCCCACUACGACAUGACCUCCCACCUGCGCAUGCAGUCCGAGCAAACCACCAGCCAUAAAGGAACCUCUGUCAUCAUCUCCAACGGCAGCUGA